GAAUCUUCAUGCAUUUCUUUUGUGUAAAGGUGACACUGUGUUUGUUUCCUGUAGCGUACUCUUUCUUUUAUUUUUUCACUUUCUAUGGCUUCUUUACUCCUCCAGUCCUCCCCCUCCCCCAGCAGAGGCCUCCACUAAGAUCAAUGAGUGCUGGCUGGGAAGAGCGGUUGCUUGAGUCAAGCUUUUAAUUCUCUGCAAUCUGGGCUCUCAGCGCAUCAGAUCAAUAAGGAGCUGGAGAAGGCGAGCUUCAGUUCCUCCUCACAUAACUGCCUCCUUACCUCCUGGUGCUGCAGGGAGAGACACCGCACAGGAGCUCCUGUCUCAGACAAGACUUCAUGGGAAACAGGCAAGGAUCUGGGAGUGUGAAGCUGUAGAAGAAGGGGACAGCUGGCUGAAGGUAGAACUAAAAAGUAAUCCAAAGGGAUGCUGCGUUACAUGUAUAUGUCUACAGAAAUAGGGGCAAUGGUUUUCAAGUACUGAUUUACUAAAGAGAUGGGCCAGCAAGCGGCAAUAAGAUUGCUGUGAGCUCUUGCAUUGCAGAACUGUGGAAUAAAAAGGGUUACAUGAAUAAAUUUCAAAUCGACCAUUCCCUGCACUUCUCUGGCCAGGGCAAAGCCGCAGGAACAAAUUGUGCAAGAAGCUAAGAUAAGAUCAUUCUGCCGUUUUAAUUUUUGAUGGCCGCGGAACGUAUAAUUAAGGUCUGCAAGUUUAAAAAUGCAUUCUUGUAGUUGUAUGAAUGAAUUACUUGUGGGACAGUACUUCUUUGUUUGACCUACAAGUCUGACUUGAGAUCUGUGAUUGACUCAACACCAAAGAUCAUAAGUUGACUGUGACCAGCGCUGACAGAGAAAUUAGGCAAACAAAACUUCUGCUCAUCCACACCUUACUCGGUAAUACAGGCUUUGAAGGAUGGUCGCUGUGCUCGAACCUGUGGUAUUCGGAAUGGACCCAAUUAUCGGGCUGGUUGCAGCAUGCAGUUAGAUGGCUCGUGUGCCCUUAUACAAACCAAGGGAUGUGUCGGUCGGUCCUCUGCAUGGCUUUGUGGCACCCGGCAAUUUAAUUUCAAGAGGUGAUCACGGGAUUUCAGAGAAUGGUUCCUCCCCCACCUGCCAACAAGCACCAUGUGGGUCUCUCCACAGUCAUUAUUAUGAGUAGCAUGGCUCUGAUGGAUGCAUACCUUGUGGAACAAAACCAGGGUCCCAGGAAGAUUGGAAUCUGUAUUAUGGUCCUCGUGGGAGACAUCUGCUUUCUCAUAGUCCUUCGGUAUGUUGCAGUGUGGGUGGGGGCAGAGGUGAAGACUGCCAAACGUGGCUAUGCCAUGAUCUUGUGGUUUCUUUAUGUCUUUGUACUGGAGAUCAAAGUGUAUUUCAUUUACCAAAACUAUAAAGCAGAUAGACUCAGCCUGGACAUUAUGGCCCGAAAAGCAUUAACUUUGCUGCUAGCCAUUUGUGUUCCAUCACUGUAUAUGAUUCUAGUGGCUGUUGAUCAAAUGGAGUAUGUGAGGACAUUUAAGAAGAAGGAGGACCUACGAAACCGUUUAUUUUGGGUCAUUGUUGACAUGCUGGAUAUACUGGAUAUACAAGCCAAUCUAUGGGAGCCUCAGAAGAAAGGAUUACCACUGUGGGUUGAAGGCCUCAUGUUCUUUUAUUGCUACAUUUUACUGCUGAUUCUCCCUUGUGUAUCUCUAAGUGAAAUCAGCAUGCAGGGGAUUAAUAUAGUGCCUCAUAAGAUGCUUCUAUACCCUUUGCUGAGCAUGAUCACCAUUAAUAUCAUCACAAUUUUCAUACGAGGGGGCAAUAUGCUGUUUUUUCAUGAUGCCCGGGUUUCAGGCAUCUUCAUGGGUAAAAACAUCUUGGCCAUUGCCAUUAAAAUGUGUAGCUUUGUGCAGUACCGGAGACAGUUACAUGAGGCACCUCCAGGAUUUGGCAUUGAAUUGCAGCAAAACUCUAUUGCCCAUAACUUACCUGUGUCUAUGCAUCCUCAGAUAAUCACAUCAAACCAGACUCGAUCCUCAGAGAUGCUGGGGCAUGAAAACACAUGACAUGCUUGGAAACUGCUUACCUUCCAGGUUAUAAAAUAAAGGAUAGUACUAUAGAGUGUUGGCAUGGCCUAGUCGCAGGUCAAAGGAGGAUCACAUCAGGAAUGUAUACCCUUGCAAAGAUCCAUAGUAGUAAAGAUCUCAGGAUAUUUAGGUAUGAGACAGACUGACAGAUGCAGACAAAAGAACAGAAGCAUUUUUUUUCUAAGAUCUGAAUGUACACUGUGCAUAUAAGGUAAUACAGCACAGCUUUUAAAUCAAAAAUAUAUGCGAGCCUGGUAAAGAAGGCCAGGAUUCUCUCUUAAGUGGGCUCUUUAGUACGUUAUUUCUUUUAGUGAUAUUGCAAAGAGCCUAUCAACUUCAAGAGGCUUAAAAUAACUGCCGCAAUGUAUUGGUUAUGAAAAGUACAUUUUUCUUUUUAAAUGUGAACAGAUUGAGAUGCACAUUAGUAGAUUGCAGCUAUAUGCACAACUCUGUUCCCAGCUUAAAAUGGAUUUCUUUACAAUAGCUAAGUAGCUACAGAGACAACUUAAGAUACACAUUAAGUAUGAAGGUUAGGGUCCCCACGUUAUGUUUACAAGUGAGUUAUUAUCAGUGGGAAUCUGUGUUUUUAUUGUUCUAUACCCACAUGCAUUACAUAUGCUUUGUGCUGUUGCAAAGAGUUUAGCAGAUGUUAAAGAAUGUCUAAAUGACCACUUUUUGUUAAGGUAUGAUGUUAAAGAACCUUGACUCUUUCUGGUGCUUAGCCAGGCUCCUUGUCUGAUUUUUAGUUGUCAUUUACUCACUGGUGUGUGCCUUAUUGCUUAUAAAUACUAUAGUUCAGGAUGAGUUUGUGGUGGGAGCUGAGCAUUAUUUUAUGAAGCAUGCAGUCAGUUCAGUUGAUCUUUUUUGUGUAUGUUUUUCUGUGCAUAUGUGUCUGUUCAAUUAUUGUAUGGGGAUUCUGUGUCUAAGAAAUGUUAGUCUCAUAAUUACAGCCUCAAUGUUUUGUUUUAUUUAAUUGUUGGGCUGUUUUGAAAGAUAAAAGUUUAGUCUUGUAGAAACCAGUCAAAAGAAGGGUAAUACAGCCUCUUCAGCCAUACCUCUCAACUAUACAGAUUUUUGCCUCAUAUGUUUGGUGUGUUCCUCAUAAAAUUUUUGGUUUUCUGGC